GUGUGUGUGUGUGAGGAAGGAUGAGAAGCAGAGACGGAUCCAGUUUGUAGAACCCUGAAGUUUAGUAAAAGCGCACAGUUGUUUUGUGUGAAUCCACAGCGAUGUCUGUCACACACACAUGCGUAUCGCUGGACACGUUCUCCACCGGAUAAUCCCGAGUUUGCCUUAUUUGGAUUAUUACUGUGUGUUUUUAUACAGUAGGUGGAGAGUUUAAAUUCAUCGACUCGGUCAGUUUCUGUAGAUGUAAAGAUUAUUCCUCGAUUUUUCUUCCUUCAUUCUGAAACUCGUGGGAGAAAUUGAAGUGGUCACACAGUGGAUUGGGAUUGGGAGUGGAGACGCACACGUGUAUCCUCCUCCUUCAUCCGGCUGCGCUCACGCCGACGCUUCAGGAUUCAACUAUUGUUUCUGUCAUAGCAGGAAUAGAAAGUGACACGCGACAAUGUCUCUGAGCAGAAGUAUUGAGUUCGAACACUUCGAGGAACGAGAGAAGCCACACCGGACACCGAGGACCAACUCGGGCGCCGGGUCCCAGUCUGGCUCCAGAGGCAACGGACUCGUGCCGAGCCCUGCGCACAGUGCGCACUGUAGUUUCUACCGCACACGCACUCUCCAGUCCCUCACAUCUGAGAAGAAAGCCCGGAAAGUGCGCUUUUAUCGCAAUGGGGACAGAUACUUCAAAGGGCUGGUGUAUGCUGUUUCUAAUGACCGGUUCAGGUCCCUGGAUGCUCUGCUCAUGGAGCUCACACGGUCUCUGUCGGACAACGUCAACCUGCCUCAGGGAGUCCGGACCUUAUACACGUUGGAUGGAGGCAGGAAGAUCUCCAGUCUGGAUGAGUUAGUGGAAGGUGAGAGUUAUGUGUGUGCCUCCAACGAACCCUUCCGCCGCGUGGACUACAGCAAGAACAUCAACCCCAACUGGUCAGUGGGCAGCAAGACAGGCACAUCCCGCUCCCUCUCCUCUCUCAUGAUCCCGUCAAAGAGUGACCUGCAGCGUGAGGCCAAGGACUUCAUUAAACCCAAGCUGGUCACAGUCAUCCGUAGCGGCGUCAAACCCCGCAAGGCUGUUCGGAUUCUGCUCAACAAAAAGACGGCACACUCCUUCGAGCAGGUGCUCACUGACAUCACGGAGGCGAUCAAGCUGGACUCUGGAGCUGUGAAGAGACUCUACACGUUAGAGGGCAAGCAGAUCUCCUCCCUGCAGGACUUCUUUGGAGAGGACGACGUGUUCAUCGCGUGCGGCCCAGAGAAACACCGCUAUGCCCAGGACGACUUUGUGUUGGAUCACAGUGGUAAGGCUUCCACAGCCUUUAUGACUGAAUGCAGAGUGCUGAAGUCAUCGUACGGCCGCUCCGCUACUCCACACAGGACAGUUAAGAGUCCUGGACUUUCACGACGCAGCAAAUCCCCUUGUGGAGUAAGGCGACCUGUCCACUUCUCCACCAGUCAGCUUUCCAUCAAAUCCCCAGUAAACGGUGCAUCGAGUAGCCAGCUCUCAACGCCGAGGUCCACAAAGUCCUCCACUCCGUCUCCCACCAGCCCCCGAACCCUCCCUGGUUUUAGAAUCCCUCCGUCACAUCACGUCUCCUCUCCAAAUGUAAAUGGCUCAUUGAGCAACCACCAAGAGCAAAGCAAUCAACUGACUCCGGAGGUUAACGGCAACCGCUACGUUCCCGACUCCACCAUUUCGGAGAAAUACAAAGUUGGGAAGGUCAUUGGAGAUGGUAACUUUGCUGUGGUCAAAGAAUGUGUGGAGAGGUCGACAGGAAAAGAGUUUGCACUGAAGAUCAUCGACAAGGCCAAGUGCACUGGAAAGGAGCACCUCAUCGAGAACGAGGUGGCAGUGCUGCGCAGGGUGAAACACCCUAACAUCAUCAUGUUGGUGGAGGAGGUGGACACUCCCUCUGAACUGUACCUGGUCAUGGAGCUCGUCAAGGGAGGAGAUUUAUUCGAUGCCAUCACCUCCUCCACCAAAUACACGGAGACAGACGCCGGCAUCUUGAUCUACAACCUGACCGGAGCUCUGAAGUAUCUGCACAGCAUGAACAUCGUCCACAGAGACAUUAAACCAGAGAACCUGCUGGUGUUUGAGUGUCCCGAUGGCACCAAGUCCUUGAAGCUGGGGGACUUUGGCUUGGCCACAGUGGUGGAGGGACCUCUGUAUACCGUGUGUGGCACUCCUACAUAUGUCGCUCCAGAAAUCAUCUCAGAGUCUGGUUACGGUCUGAAGGUUGAUAUCUGGGCUGCAGGCGUCAUCACCUACAUCCUUCUCUGUGGCUUUCCUCCCUUCAGAAGUGAGAGCAAUUUGCAAGAGGACCUGUUUGAGCAGAUCCUUCAGGGGCGCCUGGACUUCCCCAGUCCUUACUGGGACAACAUCACAGACUCAGCCAAGGAGCUGAUUGGAAAGAUGCUGCAGGUCAACGUCGAGGCUCGAUACACAGCACAAGAUGUCCUCUCCCACUCAUGGAUCACGGAUGAUGCAGUGAUGGAGAACAACAUGCAGAUGGAGGUGACAGGUAAACUAAAAGCACACUUCAACACUGCGCCGAAGCACAACAACACAACAGCUGGAGUAUCAGUCAUCAUGUUUGAGGUGUAAACACGGGCGCUGGCCUUGGCUCCUCCUCCUCCUCCUCCUCCUACUCCUCUUCUCCAUCCACUUCCUUCUUCCUCCUCCUCACCCCUUCCUCAUACCCGACCCAGGACCACAGGGGACGCCUGGAGCUGAAAGCCGGGUAUACACUCCUCCCCCACCAUGAUUUUCCUCCCAUCUUCCUUUCCAGCCUUCGCCCUUCCCUUCACCCUCCUCCCCCCUCAGCCCCAACCUACUCUCCCUUCCUUCCUUGCUUCCUGUUUCUUUAUCAGACCCACUGCCCCUCAGCUACUUCUCCCAGUAUUAACGGAUGUUGACGUCACUAACACCUGGUUUUUAACCCCUUGCUCCUCAUUCUGCUCAUUUUCAUUCCAUGUGUAUCAGUCUAACUUUUACGGGAUGUGACAAUAAUCUCAUUUUUGUGUUUUGAAGAAUGCGUUUGUGUGCUGACAUUUUCAUAAAAGGUUUAUUUAGCAUGUUGCUGAUGCAAGUUCUAGCUGGAGCAGUGUCAUUAACCUGGAAAAACCCCAAAAAACCUGCUCUCUGUGUCCAUGAAUCACUCAUUGGUUUCAAAGCACUUGUUACAUGAUGUUGAUUGAGCUCUGGCGCCACCUUGUGGAAUAACUGAAGAGCUGUGCUGCUGCUGGCAACAUUCUGUAGCGUGAACAUUCAUUUCAGACGAUGAAGAUGGUGGUAUUCUAUUUUCUUUACGUAGCAAAUCACAUGAGAAAGAGCUGUAAUUGAUCUCAAUAAUUUAUAUUAUAAUAAUAAUAAUUGAUCUGAACAAAUUUAUUAGACCACCAAACCUAAAUAUAUUAGAAAACACUUGUUUAAAACUAAAAAUGAAUUCACCUUUUUAUACUCAAAUUUGAGCCAGAAGUCAGAAAUGAAUCAAGCACAACAUUCAACCACUAAAACUAACUUUUCUGUUAAAUAACUAUAAUUUGAUCAAGAAAUAAUAAUGCUUUACUAUUUUCUUCUGGGUUUUUUUUGGUUAAAGAGCUUCUACAUACCGGUGUAUUAACCAUAACAUAAAAAUCAUUUUGACAUUAUUAAUAAUGCUGUUAAUUUAGAGCAGCUGUGGUCUAAUACAUUUGAUAAGCACUGUACAAGUUUUCAUAGAAAUAACAUGAUGUUUACUUCCUGUACUUUUGGGACUGAGCUGAACAAAAGCAGUUCAUCGUCAGUGAUGAAAACACAGACUAACACCAGCCUCAUCUUUAACCAGUCGUACAUCUUACCACUGCAUUUCAGUCCCAUUCUUCUUUGUCGUUAUUUAAAUAUCACUUUACUCACCACCAUGUUUCGCUUGGACAAAGUCCCCCAGAAGAAGUCUGACGUUUGUUCCAGCUCAGUUUCCUCAAAUGUCUCUCUUUGUGGAAUUUGAAUAGAACGGUCACGUCUGUGCUGGAACAAUGGCCGUCCACUGGCUGUCAUGCUUGUUGUGUUUAUUUUGUGAUGCUGUGAGUAAGACUAGUCUCUGUCCCUUUUUUGCUUCUCCCCUCUUCCCUGCAUUACGUUCCUCUGAAUUAGCUCCAAGGCAGGGGUAUGUACUAACACUUAACGCUACGCCUCGACUCCACCGCCGCUGGUGUUCAGCACAAGGGCAAACGAGGAACGUGCCAUUCACCACUUUUCUGUCCCACAACAACAACAACAACAACAACAUCAUUGACUUUAAAUCACAACAUAUAAACGUAUAAAGUUCACUUUCUCGUUUGCCCUUUUUCUGCACAGAGCGGCACUUGAUAGAUUCUUUGCCUAUUUGUGGCGUCAGUCUGUCCCUUUUUCAUACUGUGUAUUUUUCAGUUUUUUGUGUCCAUCUCAUGUGUUUUCAUUCAUAUAAAAUCAAAAUAAUGGAGAAAAAGGUCAUUAUUUAAUGAGUAAGUCCCUGGAAAACCUUUAUUUUUUGUUGUUGUUGUUAUUGUCAGUGUAGAUUGACCCACAGUGUCUCCUAACUUUGCUCUGAUGUUUCACUUGAAGCUGAUUCCUCCGUCUGUUUCGCCAGAACACAGCUCUUGAUAAGGAGAACCUCCAGCUCACCACUCGUCAUUGUGCACCAGCUCACAAAGAAGAACCUUCUUCUCUUCCAAUAAAACCA